AUGUCCGACACCACUUCCACUUUUACGACUCGAUUAGAAACCUUGCAGUCAUUGAUUGAUGCCGAGAAAAGCUACCUUGAUAAUCUGCAACUCAUAGAUUCGAAACUAUCUCCACUCUGGAUGAAGCAGUUGCAAUCUAUUGCACCUGAUUUUAGCGAAUUGCUCAAGUGCAUUCAAGACCUUCUUUCAGUCAAUAAGCCAUUUUAUGAAAAGCUGAUCUCAACAAAACUCGAGUCCACCGAAUGCAAUCUUAAAGAUAUUCUAAAGCAAUUGAUCUCUGCUAUAAAAUUACCUUAUCUCACAUUCAGUGAAAACUACAUUAAUAAUCUGAACCAACGUCAAGAUAUUCUCUGUGCACCGUCGAUCCAGCAAUUUCUUAACGACAUUGGCAAAGAAAAAGAAAUGUCUCUCGAGAUGUUGUUUUCUGCUCCUUUACAACAGAUCCGCUUUUACAAAUCCCUAUUUAAUAAACCUCAUAGCAGCAUUGAUCAACCCACCCUCGUACAGGCAAAUCAGCUCUUCGACUCGCUCAUGAUUAAAAACUCGCUGCCUCCAGUCAACCUAGACCCGUCGUUUCAUACCAAGAUCAAUUGCAGCUCGGUUGUGGAUGUGCUCAGCGAUACCCCCAUCCAUAAUUACCAACUAUCAAAAUUAGACAAAAUCUUGCUUUGUGAUACAUUUAAUUGCACAGAAUUGUCCAAGCGUGUGCAACUCAUUUUAACUGUAAAUCAUCUCGUUUUCUGCUGUCCAGAAAAGAACGAUUUGCUCUACCCUCCCAUUGAUAUCAACGAUAUCUCAAUUCGAACUAUUCACAUUGACCGUGAGCUGUUAGGAGAGUAUCAUGUCCAGCUUUGGAUCAGCCAGCAUAGACUAUUUACUUUUACAACCAAAUCAAAGCAAGAGAGAAAUACAUGGCUUGGCCUGGAUAUGAAUAGCAAUGUAAAGACAUCAGACACUGUCGCUGUAUCAUGGGCGCCUUUAUUGGCCAUUGUGGAGAUUUACGACAUUCGAAGGCAAUCAAGAGCCCCGACCAAGUCGAUUCGCACUCGAGACAUAUUCACAUUCUACACGGAUCAGGCGGGCGAAAUCUCUCCAUUGGUCUCGUCUGAUGAGGAAGAUAGCGAAGACGACCAAGACAACGAUGAUCCAGUCAGUGGAGGACAAGAGGAGAAAGCAGCAGAUAAAUCAAGCUCUGCUUCCAUUUCCUCUUCCUCUAUCUCUGCUUCUGUUGCUAUGGCUACAACUGCUCCGCCCGCCCCUCCUCCAAAAGAGCCUGUGAACACACCUCAGUUCCCCUUACAACCACCACCCAAGGAACCCUAUAGACCUGUUGCUGUUUCUGGUACAAAGUCUCUUCCGGUUCGUAAUCAAUCAUUAAGGCAAUCGCCUCCUAUUCCUUCACAUAUGCUUUCGCCUGAUGUUACUAGUAAAGCCCCUGACACGCCUACGCCUGUACGUCCAUCCAAUGUAAGAUCCUUAACAGCUCAACCACCGCAACCACAAUCACAACCACAACAACCUAUCAUAGAAUCAUCAUCUACAACACCAUCCACCACGUCUUCCACUUCAUCUUCGUCCUCUUCUUCUGUGAGCAAUGGCAACACCAAAAAGCCAUCCUUCAUGCGUUCUGUCAUGGCAGCUGUGUCCAAUCGCUCUUCCCUACGCCAUUCGAAAUCAAACUUCAAGCCAAGCAUUGACUCUGUCUUGUCAUCGUCGACGCCCAACUUGAAGAGCCCACCAAGCAAGAAUGCAAUGCAAAACAUAAGCACAGUGUCGCUUGAUCAACAAACAUUAAAGCGACCUACUGAUCCUGCCCUAAUGCGCCGUUACUCAGCAGCAAAUCUGACGACUGACCAGCAUCAGCAACAACAACAACAACAACAGCCACCUUUGCCGCCUCAGCACCUAACUAUACCUUCGCACCAGCAAAGCCCAUUUGGCCAACAACGCUCAUCAUUUAUAAAUAAUCAUUCCACGCCAUCAUUUGCAUCAAGUCAAUCUAGCCUAGCAUUAACUCCACCAUUAAGCAGAGCAUCGAGUCCUGGAUCCAUGACCCCUGUUGGACUCUCUCGUUAUCAAACACCGUCUUCUUCAUCAUCUGAGGACUUGGGAUCACCACCGGAAAGUCCUGAUAUUUUACUGCAGCAUGGAAACACAAUCAAAUCCGUCUUAUACAGCAAUCAACAAUCACAGGUAUUCCGCUGGAAAGACGAAUCCUGGUACGCAGUGCAAGGGGAAUGUUCUGUAGAAGUUCGACAAACAUACAGCAAUCGUUCUUGUGUGGCUAUACAUAUGAAGGAGACUGGGCAACUCUAUUUGAACGCGUGGGUGCUACCCGACACGUUUAUAUGUCGCACCACAGAAACGGAUCUGAGUUUAUCGUUACAUAUCACCAGUAGUCAAUCUCAACUAGAGAACUACCUAAUCCAUUGCGAAUCCAAGCUGGAAGCUGACCGUUUGACAAGCAUAUUAGAGCAAAUGCAUCAAGAGUCCAUCAAGAUGAACAUGGUCAUCUCCGCCACAAGCACGUUGAGAGGCGCCCCUCCGCUGUUAACGCGCACAGCAUCUCUGGCUGCAAACAACACAUUGACACCUGAAGAGCUGCAAAAGACAUUCAAGCUGGCAAUGCAAUGUAAAUGCAAGCUCUUUGUUCAGAGUGCAAGCUCCAAGUGGAAUAGUUUUGGAAGCGUCUACAUGAAGGUAUCACAACAGUAUACAACCAAAAAGAUGCAUAUUGCCAUGGAAUCGCAUAAAGGCGGCAAAGUAACUCAAUUGGUCAGCGCGAUGGUACAAAGUAGAAACGUCGAAAGGCUAAGCCCAAAGAGAAUUUCCUUUUUGAUGGUCGAUGAGCUGGAAAAGAACAGUGUAGUUUACAUGAUCCAAGUGCGAGAAGAGACAACGGGUGAUAAAAUUUUGGAAUACAUCAAGACUAAAAAUAGUGAAAACGGAUGGUAA